GCAUGAUGCUACUAUGCUGGCCAUCAUCCAGCCCUCCACCCAUGGGUUAUUUUUGUUCCUGUAGUGUAAACUUUACCACACUAGGCAAAUGCUUUCUGGCAGGGCCGGCAUUUGUAGCUGCAGAAUCCGUUGUCAAGACACAUCAGUGUGGUUGCUAUGGGUUCCCGGUUGCCGAGUAACCAGGUUCUGCUGUGGUUUCCUCGGGUAAGGUCAGAUCUGGUAUGACGGCUGCCAGCAGCAACUGGAAGUGGAAUCCAGUUGCCUGCAGUAACCUCGUGGCGCGGGGUUUCCAUUCAUGCAAUGUGGUGCAAGGAAAGCUCUUGAUCUUUGGAGGACUGAAGUCACUAGACAGCCAGGAGUCACCCCUGGGAGAUGUAGUGGCCUUUGACCCAUCUCUCCAGACAGUUCAAACAAUUGUUCCUGAAUGCGGAUACCACCGCAGUCACCAUGAGGCUGUGGUCCUAGCUGAUCGCUGGCUCUGCGUGGUGGGAGGCUGGGAUGGCUCCCGAAGAGUGUCAGAUGUGUGCGGCUUUGAUGCUGAGCAGGCGCAGUGGGAACGCUGGACCGAGGGAUCCUCCAACGACCCCCCUGUGGGGUUGAGCAGCCACACCUGUACCAAGCUGUCGGACCAUGAGGUGCGAGUGGUGGGCCGUGAAGGCGGGCUGCGCACACAGAGGCGCUACUCCAGCAUCUACACAUUGCGCAUGAACCCUGACACCAAGACCUACUCAUACAGGGAAGAAGCAUCUCGCACAUCUUCACGGGCUGGCCACUCUGCAAUGCUACUACACGAGACCAGCUCUGGAGGAAAGAGCAGAGGCUACAAACUCGUGGUGUUUGGCGGACGCGACUCUGCUGACUUUGAUGUGGCUGGACAGUGGGGGAAAGGGAAAAUCCAUGUUGAUUCGGUCCACGCUCCUGAGCUGACAGAACAGAUUGGUCGCUUGGUCAGCACCGAAAAGGGAACCCGGCAGGCACCCAAAGGCUUGCGGCACCAGUCCUGCACUGUGGUGGGGCCUUUUGCCAUCAUCUUCGGAGGGGAGACCUUAUCCAAAGGCAGGGAUGCUGUUUGCAAUGACCUCUAUGUCCAUGAUACACGGUCUUCACCAGCAACCUGGUACCACUUCCCCAGUUCCAAUCGAGCCCAGAAGAGAGUUGGCCAUCGCACCUGCCUUUGGAAUGACAAGCUCUACCUCGUUGGGGGUUUUGGGGCUGAUGGCAGGACACCCUGCCCAGAGAUCUGCACUUUAGAGAUUUCUGCAUGAAGACAAGGAGCUUCCUGUGGUGUUCAAACGAGCCUCCGGUAUAGUCUGCCAAAGAGUUUCCCAUCUCAGAGCAGGAAGGUUGCCCUUUUGUUUACUUGAAAUAAAGGUUCCUGCCCCCAGCUUGUUGGUCAAACAAACUUCUCUGGUCUUUCCACAUGGAACUGGGCUGAUCCAACUGGAUGACUGAUUCUAGAAGAAAAAUGCCCCAGCUUGGAGGGAAAAACUAUUUCAAAUUUAGAAAUAAAGUUUCAUCUAGAUGAAGGCUGGCUCUCAGCCGCUUCAUAAAAUCUAGAAGUAAUCCAAGUAGGAGACACAUAUGAACUGCCUCGAUGGUGGAGCUUGGAGAUGACAGAAAACUGCGUGCCCAGCUAACACACGCUCCACAACGAAAGAAGCUGAAUUUUUCAACCUGUAUUAUAUAUGCUUGUUUGAUUCUCAGGACACUUCCCCUUUAAAAGAAAUGAACAGGCUUUAAUCGAUUAACCGUAUGUGAACAACCUGAAUGAAAAAAGAGCACCAUUUCCUAUUUCUAGGAAACAUAUCUGAUAGCAAACGUCACAGAAGAAACAUUCCAUCCUGAGAGAAAAGGGAGAAUGUCUCUAAAGUAGGCUUCAUUAGUAAAGAUCACCUUUAAAAAAUGUACACUAACAGCCCAACCCAGAUGACAGGGGAGAGUUCCAGGGCGGCUGGGGACGGCACGAUGAAGGUGGCACCACGCCGCCUUCAAAGGGGUUUGGGGCAGCGGGGAAAGGAGGCAAAAAACGCAGGUCUCCUUCUGUGCCAAAAAGCCCCAUUGCAUAAAAACUUAGCCAUUUUCUAGAGAAGUUGACUAAAGUCUGCUCCACUGCUUGGGAAUGCCCCCAGCUGUGCUAUCAUGCUCUUGGACACCAGCAUAACUCCUGGGUUUGGGUGCUGCGGAGCUGUGCAGCGCCCACAUGCAGGCGUCUUUGCUCUCUCUGCCAGCAUAGGUGCCCUCUAUGCUGGCGUGGCGGGCAAACGUGCUGGCACAGGCUUCUGCGGCUCCCACAAGCUGUUUCACACAAACCCCCACACACACCUGGAUUUUGGCCCUAAAUGUACUGUCCAAUUCACUGGCGACACCUUUUUUAAAAGUCUAUCAAACUUUGGCCAACGACCAAUCGUCAAAACCCUUAUUUUGUUCAAUUUCAUGGAGAAAUUUAAAUCUCAAGGAUUAAAUCUCAAUCAAACUAUUUCACAUGAUUCCACCUUGAUUUUAAAAGCCAUGCUGCAUAACUAGUCACGGCAAGUGACAAGGAACUGAAUGACACAAGAAACUCUGUCAUUCAUAUACAGCAAUUCCCUUUGCCAUAAUAUAGCCUAGAAACAAUUUUUUGGUAAUAUAGCUGAGCUUUAGAGCACGGAAAAGCAAAGUUGCUCCAAUUCUGUUCUCAUGAAAAAAAUGGCAACCUACACAAAGUCUUCCUUGCAGAGAACAAGCCAAUCAUCCCCCUAGCUUGGUGUUCACACCUUUUCCUGCCUCCCACAGAGGUUUCUCAGACCAGACAUCCUUUGAAUCCAGAGUUGCCAUAGGUUCAACUUGGGACUUUUAUGAAUACAGGCCUU